AUGCGAUUAUUACUACGAUCAUUGAUCCUAUUCCUACUAUCGCCUAUAUUGAAAGCUUUCUCAUAUCUGGAUAACCAAAUAAUUGGAAAUCCAAGGAUUCACUGCAAUUCGGAGGACAUUGAAUUAGAGUUUGAGUCACUGAGACAGUUUACAGGAAAAGUCUAUGUAAAAGGCAGUUACAAUAAGCCGGAAUGUCGAGUCGACUACAGUAAAAGGUCGAAAGAUGGGAAACCGACUGGUGGGAUUCGGCUGAAUCAUGGAGCUUGUAAUAUGGAUAGGCAGAGAAUGAUCACUCCUGAUGGAAUGAUGUUCUCAACAGUUCUUGUCAUCAGUUUUCAUCCACUCUUUGUAACAAAGGUCGAUCGAGCUUAUCAUAUAAAAUGUAUGUAUAAAGAGAUGUCACAUACUGUUACAGCAUCGUUGGAUGUUAGCCCAUUACCAACCGAACCUUUAUACAUGGAUAUGCCAAUGCCAACUUGUACUUACACAAUACGAAAAGAUACAAUUGAUGGACAAAUUCUUCGUUACGCUCGAGUUGGUGAUCAGGUCGUGCAUCGAUGGGAGUGUGAUUCUGCUUUAGAGCAAUAUGGAGUGCUUGUCCAUAGCUGUUAUGUCGAGGAUGGACAAGGAGAGAAGCAGUUGAUCAUUGAUGAGCAUGGUUGUCACACUGAUCGAAUUCUUCUUGGUGAUCCGACUUAUGUAGAAGCUUUAAACAUGGCCUAUCGAGAAUCAUUUGUUUUCAAAUUUGCCGAUAGAGUCGCUGUACGAUUUCAAUGUGAGAUUCGUCUUUGUCUAAAAGAGGAACAAGGAUGUGAUGGGGUUACACCACCAAUUUGUUUUGAUAUGAAUCAUCGACAUGUGAGCGAGUUUGAGAACGAGAUUACGAAUAAUACGUUGAUACGAAAGAGGAGAAAAGCUGGAGGUUUUGUGAAAGACGCUGAUUUGAUCUCACAAACGCUUUAUGUUUUAGAAGCUGAUGAUUCAAAUGAUAACAACAAUACCGAGAUUGCUGUUCCUGAAGCUCUGCACAGUGGUCAGGGGAUUUGUAUUGGAAUUGGAGCUUUUACUGUACUCGCCACUUCACUCACAAUAAUUCUUCUCCUUUUAACUUCAUUGGCUGUCUACAUGUUGAUCAUGAGGGUUUCCAGGACCAAAGCCCAAGCCAUCUAUCAAUCU